UCUCAUCAGCCACACUUUAAUAAACUCCCAACACACUUCAGAGGAACAUUACCGGCUGAAAGGAGGUAUAUGGACAUGGAGGACCAGAUGGAAAGCCAGAAGAGAAGACAAGAAAGCAAAGAUACUUUGAUCUCUGAAAGGACAGGUUCUUUGGGAUGCGUUGGAUGGUUUAUCGUCAUCCUCUCUGGGUUCUUCACAGUUCUUCUUUUUCCCAUAACCAUCUGGUUCUGUUUGAAGAUUGUUCAGGAGUACGAGCGAGCCGUCAUCUUCAGGCUGGGUCGCAUCAUAGACAAGAAACCCAAAGGACCAGGAAUAUUCUUUGUCCUGCCAUGCACUGACUCCCUGGUUAAAGUGGAUCUGCGAACCGUUUCAUUUGACAUUCCACCUCAAGAGAUUUUAACCAAAGAUUCCGUCACUGUGAGUGUGGAUGGUGUGGUGUACUUCCGGGUCAGUGACCCCAUCGCUUCGGUGGCCAACGUGUCUAAUGCCGACUUUUCCACCCGACUGCUGGCACAAACCACCCUCAGAAACGUCCUGGGUACCAAGAACCUCGCUGAGCUCUUGUCGGAUCGGGAAGGCAUUGCUCACAGCAUGCAGUCCAAUCUGGAUGAAGCCACAGAUAACUGGGGAAUCAAGGUGGAGCGCGUGGAGAUUAAAGAUGUUAAGCUUCCUCAUCAACUGCAGAGAGCCAUGGCUGCAGAAGCAGAGGCAGCCCGAGAGGCCAGAGCAAAGGUGAUUGCAGCAGAGGGUGAGAUGAACGCAUCCCGCGCCCUAAAGGAGGCGUCCCUCGUCAUUGCAGAGUCUCCAUCAGCUCUGCAGCUUCGUUACUUGCAGACUCUCAACACCAUUGCAGCAGAGAAGAACUCCACCAUUGUUUUCCCAUUGCCCAUGGAUGUCAUAUCUCACUUUAUUCGGAAAUGAAUUUGCAAAGUCAAGUGUUCUGAAUAAGAUUUGAUAACUGUGCAUUUCACGUCUACAUGAUAAAUUGCUCAGUUGUAUUGCAACGGUUACUAAUGAGACAAAUCUAUAAUUUCAUUGUACAGUACAUUAAAUUUAAUCUACCCUUUCCCAUUAUCUGUGUUACAUUCUUCCUCAUAUUUUGUAAAUAGUUAUGAAUUAUCACAACAUCUGCAACACUUCUGUUACUUCUUAAAACUUGAAAUAAUUUUUUUUUGUCACUUCAAUAGUUUUUCUAUGUCAUGUGUCAAUUGAAAAACAAACAAACAAAAAAAUCUACUCAGCAUAAAAACAAAGUACUGGAUACAUGCCUUUACCAAAGGUUCUGAUGUAAAUAUUUGAAUAAGUGUCAAAUAAACUAAUGUGUAGUCCAUAA